AUAAUCAUCAGUUCGGUUCCAACUCUCAGAAAAAUGAGAGCCAUAACCUUCGUGAUCCUGUGCUGUGCUCUGCAGUAUGUUGCUGCAGAUGCUAUCAUAGACAGCAUUACGGGCUGGGAAAAACAAUUCACUGAAACAAAUGAAACUUCAACAGACGAAUUCGAAACCGACCGCAGUGGACAUGUCGUUGAAAAAUCAACUGUUCGAAAGACUUUCCACAGGGAUUCCGCUCCACCAAACAAAAAUAUUCAUGGUCAAGACAAGAUAGUACGGACCUUUGUCAUCGAAACCGAUGCAUUCGGUCACGAAACUAUCUACGAAGAAGAUGUUGUCAUCAAGCAGGUGCCAGGAUCUUCGUCAUCUUCUAGUUCAUCUGCUAGUUCUGCCGCUGGUGGAUCAGGCAAGUAUGGACCAAAUGCAGCAGGAUCCUCAACUGCAGCGUCUGCAUUAGCGGCAAACGGGCCAUACGGACCACAAGGACAAGGAUCAGCAGCUGCUGCUGGCGCUGCUGCUUCAGGACCAAAUGGACCAUACAGACCAUACGGACCAAACGGCCCAGGAUCAUCAGCUGCUGCUGCCGCUGCUGCCUCAUCAGGAUCAAACGGACCAGUAGUUGUGAUUGAAAAAGGACCAAAUGGACCAAAUGGCCCAGGAUCAUCUGCUGCCACCGCUGCAUCAUCAGGACCAAACGGACCAUACGGACCAGGAUCAUCGGCUGGAGCUGCCGCCUCAUCAGGACCAAACGGACCAAACGGACCAUACGGACCAUAUGGACCAAACGGACCAUACGGACCAAACGGACCAGGCUCAUCAGCUGCCGCUGCCGCUGCUGCUUCAUCAGCCGGACCAGAAGUAGUUAUUAUCGAAAAACAAGGAUCAUCAGCUGCUGCUGCUGCUGCUGCUGCUUCAUCAGGACCAAACGGACCAUACGGACCAUACGGACCGGGAUCAUCGGCUGGCGCUGCCGCCUCAUCAGGACCAAACGGACCAUACGGACCAAACGGACCAUACGGACCAGGAUCAUCGGCUGGAGCUGCCGCCUCAUCAGGACCAAAUGGACCAAACGGACCAUACGGACCAAAUGGCCCAGGCUCAUCAGCUGCCGCUGCCGCUGCUGCUUCAUCAGGACCAAACGGACCAUACGGACCAUACGGACCAAACGGACCAUACGGACCAAACGGCCCAGGCUCAUCAGCUGCCGCUGCCGCUGCUGCUUCAUCAACCGGACCAGAAGUAGUUGUUAUCGAAGAACAAGGAUCAUCAGCUGCUGCUGCUGCUGCUGCUGCUUCAUCAGGACCAAACGGACCAUACGGACCAGGAUCAUCGGCUGGCGCUGCCGCCUCAUCAGGACCAAACGGACCAAACGGACCAUACGGACCAUACGGCCCAUACGGACCAAACGGCCCCGGCUCAUCAGCUGCCGCUGCCGCUGCUGCUUCAUCAGGACCAAACGGACCAUACGGACCAUAUGGACCAAACGGCCCAUACGGACCAAACGGCCCAGGAUCAUCAGCUGCUGCUGCCGCUGCUGCCUCAUCAGGAUCAAACGGACCGGUAGUUGUGAUUGAAGAAGGACCAAACGGACCAAAUGGACCAAACGGCCAGGGCUCAUCAGCUGCCGCUGCCGCUGCCGCUGCUGCUUCAUCAGGACCAUACGGACCAAACGGACCAUACGGACCAGGAUCAUCGGCUGGAGCUGCCGCCUCAUCAGGACCAAAUGGACCAAACGGACCAUACGGACCAGGAUCAUCGGCUGGAGCUGCCUCCUCAUCAGGACCAAACGGACCAUACGGACCAGGAUCAUCGGCUGGCGCUGCCGCCUCAUCAGGACCAAACGGACCAAAUGGACCAUACGGACCAUACGGCCCAUACGGCCCAUACGGACCAAACGGCCCAGGCUCAUCAGCUGCUGCUGCCGCUGCUGCUUCAUCGGGACCAAACGGACCAUACGGACCAUAUGGACCAAACGGACCAUACGGACCAAACGGCCCAGGCUCAUCAGCUGCCGCUGCCGCUGCUGCUUCAUCAGCCGGACCAGAAGUAGUUGUUAUCGAAGAACAAGGAUCAUCAGCUGCUGCUGCUGCUGCUGCUGCUUCAUCAGGACCAAACGGACCAUACGGACCAGGAUCAUCGGCUGGUGCUGCCGCCUCAUCAGGACCAAACGGACCAAACGGACCAAACGGACCAUACGGACCAUACGGACCAGGAUCAUCGGCUGGCGCUGCUGCCUCAUCAGGACCAAACGGACCAUACGGACAAUACGGACCAGGAUCAUCGGCUGGCGCUGCCGCCUCAUCAGGACCAAACGGACCAAACGGACCAUACGGCCCAUACGGACAAAACGGCCCAGGCUCAGCUGCCGCUGCCGCUGCUGCUUCAUCAGGACCAAACGGACCAUACGGACCAUACGGACCAAACGGACCAUACGGACCAAACGGCCCAGGCUCAUCAGCUGCCGCUGCCGCUGCUGCUUCAUCAGCCGGACCAGAAGUAGUUGUUAUCGAAGAACAAGGAUCAUCAGCUGCUGCUGCUGCUGCUGCUUCAUCAGGACCAAACGGACCAAACGGACCAUACGGACCAGGAUCAUCGGCUGGCGCUGCCGCCUCAUCAGGACCAAACGGACCAAACGGACCAUACGGACCAUACGGCCCAUACGGACCAAACGGCCCCGGCUCAUCAGCUGCCGCUGCCGCUGCUGCUUCAUCAGGACCAAACGGACCAUACGGACCAUAUGGACCAAACGGCCCAUACGGACCAAACGGCCCAGGAUCAUCAGCUGCUGCUGCCGCUGCUGCCUCAUCAGGAUCAAACGGACCGGUAGUUGUGAUUGAAGAAGGACCAAACGGACCAAAUGGACCAAACGGCCCAGGCUCAUCAGCUGCCGCUGCCGCUGCCGCUGCUGCUUCAUCAGGACCAUACGGACCAAACGGACCAUACGGACCAGGAUCAUCGGCUGGAGCUGCCGCCUCAUCAGGACCAAAUGGACCAAACGGACCAUACGGACCAGGAUCAUCGGCUGGCGCUGCCGCCUCAUCAGGACCAAACGGACCAUACGGACCAUACGGACCAGGAUCAUCGGCUGGCGCUGCUGCCUCAUCAGGACCAAACGGACCAUACGGACCAUAUGGACCAAACGGACCAUACGGACCAAACGGCCCAGGCUCAUCAGCUGCCGCUGCCGCUGCUGCUUCAUCAGCCGGACCAGAAGUAGUUGUUAUCGAAGAACAAGGAUCAUCAGCUGCUGCUGCUGCUGCUGCUGCUUCAUCAGGACCAAACGGACCAUACGGACCAUACGGACCAGGAUCAUCGGCUGGCGCUGCUGCCUCAUCAGGACCAAACGGACCAAACGGACCAUACGGACCAUACGGACCAUACGGCCCAUACGGCCCAUACGGACCAAACGGCCCAGGCUCAUCAGCUGCUGCUGCCGCUGCUGCUUCAUCGGGACCAAACGGACCAUACGGACCAUAUGGACCAAACGGACCAUACGGACCAAACGGCCCAGGCUCAUCAGCUGCCGCUGCCGCUGCUGCUUCAUCAGCCGGACCAGAAGUAGUUGUUAUCGAAGAACAAGGAUCAUCAGCUGCUGCUGCUGCUGCUGCUUCAUCAGGACCAAACGGACCAUACGGACCAGGAUCAUCGGCUGGCGCUGCCGCCUCAUCAGGACCAAACGGACCAUACGGACCAAAUGGACCAAACGGCCCAGGCUCAUCAGCUGCCGCUGCCGCUGCCGCUGCUGCUUCAUCAGGACCAUACGGACCAAACGGACCAUACGGACCAGGAUCAUCGGCUGGAGCUGCCGCCUCAUCAGGACCAAAUGGACCAAACGGACCAUACGGACCAGGAUCAUCGGCUGGCGCUGCCGCCUCAUCAGGACCAAACGGACCAUACGGACCAUACGGACCAGGAUCAUCGGCUGGCGCUGCUGCCUCAUCAGGACCAAACGGACCAUACGGACCAUAUGGACCAAACGGACCAUACGGACCAAACGGCCCAGGCUCAUCAGCUGCCGCUGCCGCUGCUGCUUCAUCAGCCGGACCAGAAGUAGUUGUUAUCGAAGAACAAGGAUCAUCAGCUGCUGCUGCUGCUGCUGCUGCUUCAUCAGGACCAAACGGACCAUACGGACCAUACGGACCAGGAUCAUCGGCUGGCGCUGCUGCCUCAUCAGGACCAAACGGACCAAACGGACCAUACGGACCAUACGGACCAUACGGCCCAUACGGCCCAUACGGACCAAACGGCCCAGGCUCAUCAGCUGCUGCUGCCGCUGCUGCUUCAUCGGGACCAAACGGACCAUACGGACCAUAUGGACCAAACGGACCAUACGGACCAAACGGCCCAGGCUCAUCAGCUGCCGCUGCCGCUGCUGCUUCAUCAGCCGGACCAGAAGUAGUUGUUAUCGAAGAACAAGGAUCAUCAGCUGCUGCUGCUGCUGCUGCUUCAUCAGGACCAAACGGACCAUACGGACCAGGAUCAUCGGCUGGCGCUGCCGCCUCAUCAGGACCAAACGGACCAUACGGACCAUAUGGACCAAACGGACCAUACGGACCAGGAUCAUCGGCUGGCGCUGCUGCCUCAUCAGGACCAAACGGACCAUACGGACCAUACGGACCAUAUGGACCAAACGGACCAAACGGCCCAGGCUCAUCAGCUGCCGCUGCCGCUGCUGCUUCAUCAGCCGGACCAGAAGUAGUUAUUAUCGAAGAACAAGGAUCAUCAGCUGCUGCUGCUGCUUUUGCUGCUUCAUCAGGACCAAACGGACCAAACGGACCAUACGGACCAGGAUCAUCGGCUGGCGCUGCUGCCUCAUCAGGACCAAACGGACCAAACGGACCAAAAGGACCAAACGGACCAUACGGACCAUACGGACCAGGAUCAUCGGCUGGCGCUGCCGCCUCAUCAGGACCAAACGGACCAAACGGACCAUACGGCCCAUACGGACCAAACGGCCCAGGCUCAGCUGCCGCUGCCGCUGCUGCUUCAUCAGGACCAAACGGACCAAACGGACCAUACGGACCAGGAUCAUCGGCUGGUGCUGCCGCCUCAUCAGGACCAAACGGACCAUACGGACCAUACGGACCAUAUGGACCAAACGGACCAUACGGACCGAACGGCCCAGGCUCAUCAGCUGCCGCUGCCGCUGCUGCUUCAUCAGCCGGACCAGAAGUAGUUGUUAUCGAAGAACAAGGAUCAUCAGCUGCUGCUGCUGCUGCUGCUGCUUCAUCAGGACCAAACGGACCAUACGGACCAUACGGACCAGGAUCAUCGGCUGGCGCUGCCGCCUCAUCAGGACCAAACGGACCAUACGGACCAUAUGGACCAAACGGACCAUACGGACCAGGAUCAUCGGCUGGCGCUGCUGCCUCAUCAGGACCAAACGGACCAUACGGACCAUACGGACCAUAUGGACCAAACGGACCAUACGGACCAAACGGCCCAGGCUCAUCAGCUGCCGCUGCCGCUGCUGCUUCAUCAGCCGGACCAGAAGUAGUUGUUAUCAAAGAACAAGGAUCAUCAGCUGCUGCUGCUGCUGCUGCUGCUUCAUCAGGACCAAACGGACCAAACGGACCAUACGGACCAGGAUCAUCGGCUGGCGCUGCUGCCUCAUCAGGACCAAACGGACCAAACGGACCAAACGGACCAUACGGACCAUACGGACCAGGAUCAUCGGCUGGCGCUGCCGCCUCAUCAGGACCAAACGGACCAAAUGGACCAUACGGCCCAUACGGACCAAACGGCCCAGGCUCAGCUGCCGCUGCCGCUGCUGCUUCAUCAGGACCAAACGGACCAUACGGACCAUAUGGACCAAACGGACCAUACGGACCAAACGGCCCAGGCUCAUCAGCUGCCGCUGCCGCUGCUGCUUCAUCAGCCGGACCAGAAGUAGUUGUUAUCGAAGAACAAGGAUCAUCAGCUGCUGCUGCUGCUGCUGCUGCUUCAUCAGGACCAAACGGACCAUACGGACCAGGAUCAUCGGCUGGCGCUGGCGCCUCAUCAGGACCAAACGGACCAAACGUACCAAACGGACCAUACGGACCAUACGGCCCAGAAGGACCAAACGGACCAGGAUCAUCUGCUGCCGCCGCUGCUUCAUCAGGACCAAACGGACCAUACGGACCAUACGGCCCAGGAUCAGCUGCUGCUGCUGCCGCUGCUGCUUCAUCAGGACCAAACGGACCAUACGGACCAAACGGCCCAUACGGACCAAACGGCCCAGGAUCAUCAGCUGCUGCUGCUGCUGCUGCUUCAUCAGGACCAAACGGAGCAUACGGACCAAAUGGCCCAUACGGACCAUAUGGACCAAACGGCCCAGGAUCAUCAGCUGCUGCUGCCGCCGCUGCUGCUUCAUCAGGUUCAAACGGACCAGUGGUUGUGAUUGAAGAAGGACCAAACGGACCAAACGGACCAAAUGGACCAAACGGCCCAGGAUCAUCUGUUGCCGCCGCUGCUUCAUCAGGACCAAACGGCCCAUACGGACCAAACGGACCAUAUGGUCCAAACGGACCAUACGGACCAAACGGCCCAUACGGACCAAACGGCCCAGGCUCAUCAGCUGCCGCCUCUGCCACCGCUUCAUCAGCCGGACCAGAAGUAGUUAUUAUCGAAGAACAAGGAUCAUCAGCUGCUGCUGCCGCUGCUGCUUCAUCAGGACCAAACGGACCAUACGGUCCAAAUGGCCCAUACGGACCAGGAUCAUCGGCUGGCGCUGCCGCCUCAUCAGGACCAAACGGACCAAACGGACCAUACGGACCAUACGGACCAUACGGCCCAGAAGGACCAAACGGACCAGGAUCAUCUGCUGCCGCCGCUGCUUCAUCAGGACCAAACGGACCAUACGGACCAUACGGCCCAGGAUCAGCAGCUGCUGCUGCCGCUGCUGCUUCAUCAGGACCAAACGGACCAUACGGACCAAAUGGCCCAUACGGACCAGGAUCAUCGGCUGGCGCUGCCGCCUCAUCAGGACCAAACGGACCAAACGGACCAAACGGACCAUACGGACCAUACGGACCAAACGGCCCAGGAUCAUCUGCUGCGCCCGCUGCUUCAUCAGGACCAAACGGACCAUACGGACCAUACGGCCCAGGAUCAGCAGCUGCUGCUGCCGCUGCUGCUUCAUCAGGACCAAACGGACCAUACGGACCAAACGGCCCAGGAUCAUCUGCUGCCGCCGCUGCUGCAUCAGGACCAAACGGACCAUACGGACCAUACGGACCAUACGGACCAAACGGCCCAUACGGACCAAACGGCCCAGGCUCAUCAGCUGCCGCCUCUGCCACCGCUUCAUCAGCCGGACCAGAAGUAGUUAUUAUCGAAGAACAAGGAUCAUCAGCUGCUGCUGCCGCUGCUGCUUCAUCAGGACCAAACGGACCAUACGGACCAAAUGGCCCAUACGGACCAGGAUCAUCGGCUGGCGCUGCCGCCUCAUCAGGACCAAACGGACCAAACGGACCAUACGGACCAUACGGCCCAUACGGACCAAACGGACCGAACGGACCAUAUGGACCAAACGGCCCAGGAUCAUCAGCUGCUGCUGCCGCCGCUGCUGCUUCAUCAGGAUCAAACGGACCAGUGGUUGUGAUUGAAGAAGGACCAAACGGACCAAACGGACCAAAUGGACCAAACGGCCCAGGAUCAUCUGCUGCCGCCGCUGCUUCAUCAGGACCAAACGGACCAUACGGACCAUACGGCCCAGGAUCAUCAGCUGCUGCUGCCGCUGCUGCUUCAUCAGGACCAAACGGACCAUACGGACCAAACGGCCCAUACGGACCAGGAUCAUCGGCUGGCGCUGCCGCUUCAUCAGGACCAAACGGACCAAACGGACCAUACGGACCAUACGGACCAAACGGCCCAUACGGACCAAACGGCCCAUACGGACCAAACGGCCCAGGCUCAUCAGCUGCCGCCUCUGCCACCGCUUCAUCAGCCGGACCAGAAGUAGUUAUUAUCGAAGAACAAGGAUCAUCAGCUGCUGCUGCCGCUGCUGCUUCAUCAGGACCAAACGGACCAUACGGACCAAAUGGCCCAUACGGACCAGGAUCAUCGGCUGGCGCUGCCGCCUCAUCAGGACCAAACGGACCAAACGGACCAUACGGACCAUACGGCCCAGAAGGACCAAACGGACCAGGAUCAUCUGCUGCCGCCGCUGCUUCAUCAGGACCAAACGGACCAUACGGACCAUACGGCCCAGGAUCAGCAGCUGCUGCUGCCGCUGCUGCUUCAUCAGGACCAAACGAACCAUACGGACCAAACGGACCAUACGGACCAAACGGACCAUACGGACCAAACGGACCAAACGGACCAUAUGGACCAAACGGCCCAGGAUCAUCAGCUGCUGCUGCCGCCGCUGCUGCUUCAUCAGGAUCAAACGGACCAGUGGUUGUGAUUGAAGAAGGACCAAACGGACCAAACGGACCAAACGGACCAAACGGACAAAACGGACCAAAUGGACCAAACGGCCCAGGAUCAUCUGCUGCCGCCGCUGCUUCAUCAGGACCAAACGGACCAUACGGACCAUACGGCCCAGGAUCAGCAGCUGCUGCUGCCGCUGCCGCCUCAUCAGGACCAAACGGACCAAACGGACCAUAUGGACCAUACGGCCCAGAAGGACCAAACGGACCAGGAUCAUCUGCUGCCGCCGCUGCUUCAUCAGGACCAAACGGACCAUACGGACCAUACGGACCAAACGGACCGAACGGACCAUAUGGACCAAACGGCCCAGGAUCAUCAGCUGCUGCUGCCGCCGCUGCUGCUUCAUCAGGAUCAAACGGACCAGUGGUUGUGAUUGAAGAAGGACCAAACGGACCAAACGGACCAAAUGGACCAAACGGCCCAGGAUCAUCUGCUGCCGCCGCUGCUUCAUCAGGACCAAACGGACCAUACGGACCAUACGGCCCAGGAUCAUCAGCUGCUGCUGCCGCUGCUGCUUCAUCAGGACCAAACGGACCAUACGGACCAAACGGCCCAUACGGACCAGGAUCAUCGGCUGGCGCUGCCGCCUCAUCAGGACCAAACGGACCAAACGGACCAUACGGACCAUACGGACCAAACGGCCCAUACGGACCAAACGGCCCAUACGGACCAAACGGCCCAGGCUCAUCAGCUGCCGCCUCUGCCACCGCUUCAUCAGCCGGACCAGAAGUAGUUAUUAUCGAAGAACAAGGAUCAUCAGCUGCUGCUGCCGCUGCUGCUUCAUCAGGACCAAACGGACCAUACGGACCAAAUGGCCCAUACGGACCAGGAUCAUCGGCUGGCGCUGCCGCCUCAUCAGGACCAAACGGACCAAACGGACCAUACGGACCAUACGGCCCAGAAGAACCAAACGGACCAGGAGCAUCUGCUGCCGCCGCUGCUUCAUCAGGACCAAACGGACCAUACGGACCAUACGGCCCAGGAUCAGCAGCUGCUGCUGCCGCUGCUGCUUCAUCAGGACCAAACGGACCAUACAGACCAAACGGCCCAUACGGACCAAACGGCCCAUACGGACCAAACGGCCCAGGCUCAUCAGCUGCCGCCUCUGCCACCGCUUCAUCAGCCGGACCAGAAGUAGUUAUUAUCGAAGAACAAGGAUCAUCAGCUGCUGCUGCCGCUGCUGCUUCAUCAGGACCAAACGGACCAUACGGACCAAAUGGCCCAUACGGACCAGGAUCAUCGGCUGGCGCUGCCGCCUCAUCAGGACCAAACGGACCAUAUGGACCAUACGGCCCAGAAGGACCAAACGGACCAGGAUCAUCUGCUGCCGCCGCUGCUUCAUCAGGACCAAACGGUCCAUACGGACCAAACGGACCAUACGGACCAAACGGACCAUACGGACCAAACGGACCAAACGGACCAUAUGGACCAAACGGCCCAGGAUCAUCAGCUGCUGCUGCCGCCGCUGCUGCUUCAUCAGGAUCAAACGGACCAGUGGUUGUGAUUGAAGAAGGACCAAACGGACCAAACGGACCAAAUGGACCAAACGGCCCAGGAUCAUCUGCUGCCGCCGCUGCUUCAUCAGGACCAAACGGACCAUACGGACCAUACGGCCCAGGAUCAGCAGCUGCUGCUGCCGCUGCUGCUUCAUCAGGACCAAACGGACCAUACGGACCAAACGGCCCAUACGGACCAAACGGACUAUAUGGACCAAACGGCCCAGGAUCAUCAGCUGCUGCUGCCGCUGCUGCUUCAUCAGGAUCGAACGGACCAGUGGUUGUGAUUGAAGAAGGACCAAACGGACCAAAUGGACCAAAUGGCCCAGGAUCAUCUGCUGCCGCCGCUGCUGCAUCAGGACCAAACGGACCAUACGGACCAUACGGCCCAGGAUCAUCGGCUGGCGCUGCCGCCUCAUCAGGACCAAACGGACCAAACGGACCAUACGGACCAAACGGCCCAUACGGACCAUACGGACCAAACGGCCCAUACGGACCAAACGGCCCAGGCUCAUCAGCUGCCGCCUCUGCCACCGCUUCAUCAGCCGGACCAGAAGUAGUUAUUAUCGAAGAACAAGGAUCAUCAGCUGCUGCUGCCGCUGCUGCUUCAUCAGGACCAAACGGACCAUACGGACCAAACGGACCAAACGGACCAUAUGGACCAAACGGCCCAGGAUCAUCAGCUGCUGCUGCCGCUGCUGCUUCAUCAGGACCAAACGGACCAUACGGACCAUAUGGACCAAACGGCCCAUACGGACCAAACGGCCCAUACGGACCAAACGGCCCAGGCUCAUCAGCUGCCGCCUCUGCCACCGCUUCAUCAGCCGGACCAGAAGUAGUUAUUAUCGAAGAACAAGGAUCAUCAGCUGCUGCUGCCGCUGCUGCUUCAUCAGGACCAAACGGACCAUACGGACCAAAUGGCCCAUACGGACCAGGAUCAUCGGCUGGCGCUGCCGCCUCAUCAGGACCAAACGGACCAAACGGACCAUACGGACCAUACGGCCCAGAAGGACCAAACGGUCCAGGAUCAUCUGCUGCCGCCGCUGCUUCAUCAGGACCAAACGGACCAUACGGACCAAACGGCCCAUACGGACCAAACGGCCCAGGAUCAUCAGCUGCUGCUGCCGCUGCUGCUUCAUCAGGAUCAAACGGACCAUACGGACCAAACGGCCCAUACGGACCAAACGGCCCAGGAUCAUCAGCUGCUGCUGCCGCUGCUGCUUUAUCAGGACCAAACGGACCAUACGGACCAAAUGGCCCAUACGGUUCAUAUGGACCAAACGGCCCAGGAUCAUCAGCUGCUGCUGCCGCCGCUGCUGCUUCAUCAGGAUCAAACGGACCAGUGGUUGUGAUUGAAGAAGGACCAAACGGACCAAAUGGACCAAACGGCCCAGGAUCAUCUGCUGCCGCCGCUGCUUCAUCAGGACCAAACGGACCAUACGGACCAUACGGCCCAGGAUCAGCAGCUGGCGCUGCCGCCUCAUCAGGACCAAACGGACCAAACGGCCCAUACGGACCAAACGGACCAUAUGGACCAAACGGACCAUACGGACCAAACGGCCCAUACGGACCAAACGGCCCAGGCUCAUCAGCUGCCGCCUCUGCCACCGCUUCAUCAGCCGGACCAGAAGUCGUUAUUAUCGAAGAACAAGGAUCAUCAGCUGCUGCUGCCGCUGCUGCUUCAUCAGGACCAAACGGACCAUACGGACCAAAUGGCCCAUACGGACCAGGAUCAUCGGCUGGCGCUGCCGCCUCAUCAGGACCAAACGGACCAAACGGACCAUAUGGACCAUACGGCCCAGAAGGACCAAACGGACCAGGAUCAUCUGCUGCCGCCGCUGCUUCAUCAGGACCAAACGGACCAUACGGACCAUACGGCCCAGGAUCAGCAGCUGCUGCUGCCGCUGCUGCUUCAUCAGGACCAAACGGACCAUACGGACCAAACGGACCAUACGGACCAAACGGACCAAACGGACCAUAUGGACCAAACGGCCCAGGAUCAUCAGCUGCUGCUGCCGCCGCUGCUGCUUCAUCAGGAUCAAACGGACCAGUGGUUGUGAUUGAAGAAGGACCAAACGGACCAAACGGACCAAAUGGACCAAACGGCCCAGGAUCAUCUGCUGCCGCCGCUGCUUCAUCAGGACCAAACGGACCAUACGGACCAUACGGCCCAGGAUCAGCAGCUGCUGCUGCCGCUGCUGCUUCAUCAGGACCAAACGGACCAUACGGACCAAACGGCCCAUACGGACCAAACGGCCCAUACGGACCAAACGGCCCAGGCUCAUCAGCUGCCGCCUCUGCCACCGCUUCAUCAGCCGGACCAGAAGUAGUUAUUAUCGAAGAACAAGGAUCAUCAGCUGCUGCUGCCGCUGCUGCUUCAUCAGGACCAAACGGACCAUACGGACCAAAUGGCCCAUACGGACCAGGAUCAUCGGCUGGCGCUGCCGCCUCAUCAGGACCAAACGGACCAAACGGACCAUACGGACCAUACGGCCCAUACGGACCAUACGGCCCAGAAGGACCAAACGGACCAUACGGACCAAAUGGCCCAUACGGUUCAUAUGGACCAAACGGCCCAGGAUCAUCAGCUGCUGCUGCCGCCGCUGCUGCUUCAUCAGGAUCAAACGGACCAGUGGUUGUGAUUGAAGAAGGACCAAACGGACCAAAUGGACCAAACGGCCCAGGAUCAUCUGCUGCCGCCGCUGCUUCAUCAGGACCAAACGGACCAUACGGACCAUACGGCCCAGGAUCAGCAGCUGGCGCUGCCGCCUCAUCAGGACCAAACGGACCAAACGGCCCAUACGGACCAAACGGACCAUAUGGACCAAACGGACCAUACGGACCAUACGGACCAAACGGCCCAUACGGACCAAACGGCCCAGGCUCAUCAGCUGCCGCCUCUGCCACCGCUUCAUCAGCCGGACCAGAAGUAGUUAUUAUCGAAGAACAAGGAUCAUCAGCUGCUGCUGCCGCUGCUGCUUCAUCAGGACCAAACGGACCAUACGGACCUUACGGCCCAGAAGGACCAAACGGUCCAGGAUCAUCUGCUGCCGCCGCUGCUUCAUCAGGACCAAACGGACCAUACGGACCAAACGGCCCAUACGGACCAAACGGCCCAGGAUCAUCAGCUGCUGCUGCCGCUGCUGCUUCAUCAGGACCAAACGGACCAUACGGACCAAAUGGCCCAUACGGUUCAUAUGGACCAAACGGCCCAGGAUCAUCAGCUGCUGCUGCCGCCGCUGCUGCUUCAUCAGGAUCAAACGGACCAGUGGUUGUGAUUGAAGAAGGACCAAACGGACCAAAUGGACCAAACGGCCCAGGAUCAUCUGCUGCCGCCGCUGCUUCAUCAGGACCAAACGGACCAUACGGACCAUACGGCCCAGGAUCAGCAGCUGGCGCUGCCGCCUCAUCAGGACCAAACGGACCAAACGGCCCAUACGGACCAAACGGACCAUAUGGACCAAACGGACCAUACGGACCAAACGGCCCAUACGGACCAAACGGCCCAGGCUCAUCAGCUGCCGCCUCUGCCACCGCUUCAUCAGCCGGACCAGAAGUCGUUAUUAUCGAAGAACAAGGAUCAUCAGCUGCUGCUGCCGCUGCUGCUUCAUCAGGACCAAACGGACCAUACGGACCAAAUGGCCCAUACGGACCAGGAUCAUCGGCUGGCGCUGCCGCCUCAUCAGGACCAAACGGACCAAACGGACCAUAUGGACCAUACGGCCCAGAAGGACCAAACGGACCAGGAUCAUCUGCUGCCGCCGCUGCUUCAUCAGGACCAAACGGACCAUACGGACCAUACGGCCCAGGAUCAGCAGCUGCUGCUGCCGCUGCUGCUUCAUCAGGACCAAACGGACCAUACGGACCAAACGGACCAUACGGACCAAACGGACCAAACGGACCAUAUGGACCAAACGGCCCAGGAUCAUCAGCUGCUGCUGCCGCCGCUGCUGCUUCAUCAGGAUCAAACGGACCAGUGGUUGUGAUUGAAGAAGGACCAAACGGACCAAACGGACCAAAUGGACCAAACGGCCCAGGAUCAUCUGCUGCCGCCGCUGCUUCAUCAGGACCAAACGGACCAUACGGACCAUACGGCCCAGGAUCAGCAGCUGCUGCUGCCGCUGCUGCUUCAUCAGGACCAAACGGACCAUACGGACCAAACGGCCCAUACGGACCAAACGGCCCAUACGGACCAAACGGCCCAGGCUCAUCAGCUGCCGCCUCUGCCACCGCUUCAUCAGCCGGACCAGAAGUAGUUAUUAUCGAAGAACAAGGAUCAUCAGCUGCUGCUGCCGCUGCUGCUUCAUCAGGACCAAACGGACCAUACGGACCAAAUGGCCCAUACGGACCAGGAUCAUCGGCUGGCGCUGCCGCCUCAUCAGGACCAAACGGACCAAACGGACCAUACGGACCAUACGGCCCAGAAGGACCAAACGGACCAUACGGACCAAACGGACCAUAUGGACCAAACGGCCCAGGCUCAUCAGCUGCUGCUGCCGCUGCUGCUUCAUCAGGAUCAAACGGACCAGUUGUUGUGAUUGAAGAAGGACCAAACGGACCAAACGGACCAAAUGGACCAAACGGCCCAGGAUCAUCUGCUGCCGCCGCUGCUUCAUCAGGACCAAACGGACCAUACGGACCAUACGGCCCAGGAUCAUCAGCUGCUGCUGCCGCUGCUGCUUCAUCAGGACCAAACGGACCAUACGGACCAAACGGACCAUAUGGACCAAACGGACCAGGUUCAUCAGCUGCCGCCUCUGCCACCGCAUCAUCAGCCGGACCAGAAGUAAUUAUUAUUGAAGAACAAGGAUCAUCAGCUGCUGCUGCCGCUGCUGCUUCAUCAGGACCAAACGGACCAUACGGACCAUACGGACCACAAGGAGCAGGGUCGUCGGCCGCCGCCGGUGCUAGUGCUGGUUCAGGCUACGGCCGCGCAGGCCUGUUUGGCGCUUGCAGACUCACCCGCAGACAAUUCGUUGUCAAGAUCGGCACCAGGCGUCAACCUUGCCUGACCUGCUAAUUUUCUUAACUUUUUCACAUUUAUUUUUUUAUUGGAUACAUCUUUAUUUUGUUUUUUUAUUUUAUUAAAUUCUGGCAUCUCAAA